AUGAUGGAGUACAUGGAGGAUAAGUUUGCCUUGAAAAGUCAAGCGAUGAAGACCGGCGACUACUACAUGGACCAGGUCAUGGAGAGCCUGGACAGCGCGCAGUACUUCGCCAAGUCUUCCCAGAAAUGCGUGCAGGCCUUCGGGCUUCAGGGCGGCGAACAUCGCUCCUCGCCCUGCGGAGACCAAAACGCCAGCUACGCCGCGCCGAAACCAGGCGACGACGCUUUGCACUCGGACCUCGGGCGGUCCAUGGACAACUGUUGCACCCUGCGGGCGUCCCCGGUGACGACCGGGCAGGAGAAAGCGGACCUGGACGACAUGGGAGACAAGUGCGACAGCAACGUGUCCAGCAGCAAGAAGAGGAGGCACCGGACGACGUUCACCAGCGCGCAGCUGGAGGAGCUGGAGAAAGUGUUUCAGAAAACCCACUAUCCAGAUGUUUAUGUGAGGGAACAGCUGGCCAUGAGGACGGAAUUAACAGAGGCCAGAGUGCAGGUGUGGUUUCAGAACAGAAGAGCAAAGUGGCGGAAAAGAGAGCGCUACGGGCAGAUCCAGCAAGCCAAAACGCACUUUGCGGCCACCUACGACUUGUCGGUGUUACCGAGGACCGACAGCUACACGCAGAUCUCCAACAACCUGUGGCCGAGUCCGGCUUCCGGCGGCUCCGUGGUCUCCUCCUGCAUGCUGCCCCGCGGCUCCCCGCCUUGCGUCACGUCCUACUCGCACUCCCCCCGCUCGGCCGCCGGUGCCGCUGACCACGGCUACAUGGGCUUUCCCAAUCAGCAGAACCAGUUCGGUCACGUCUCCCUCAACAACUUCUUCAGCGCAGACUCUCUCCUCACGCCGGCCGCCAACGGUCACCACGCCUUCGAGACCAAGCCCGAGUUUGAGAGGCGCUCGUCCAGCAUCGCCGUGCUGCGCAUGAAGGCCAAGGAGCACACGGCCAACAUCUCCUGGGCCAUGUGAUCAGGGUUUCUGUGCAUGACUGGAAAGUCUGGAUAAUGUUUGGAAAAAGAUUUUUUUUUUAGGAAUUGUGGGGAAUGCCCAAAGAGUCUGAAAUCAUAUUCAAAAUAAGCUCAUAGCGACUCACAGUUCAAACCUAACAACACUUUUUUGCCAUCUACAGACUAGAUGUCGCUUACCAUUGAAUGAUAUGGCCAGUUUCACAAUCAUACUACCCUGCUCUUUGCAUCUACAUCAUAUAUACAGUAACUCAUAACCAAAAUUUUAUCUACUGAGUUAGAAAAAAUAGGGUCUGGAUAAGGAACGCAAGUGGAAAAUGUGUCAGGAUUUGUGGUUCUCUGCAUUUUUCUAAAAGCUGAAAGUCAGUAAGCGCAAGCUAGUAACCAAAAAUUAAACAGCCGUAAUGUUGUGUGACAGAUAAUCAGCUGUGUUUCUGGUCUGAGGCAGAUCUGCGGUGCUAGUCUAGACCCUUCAUGUAGCUUAUCUAAGGCAAUACAUUCACGUCAUUCCGACUUCCAGGGUAAUGUCCAGUGCGGUGUUUUACAACCCAGAGACUGUCCUUUCUGGUCGGACCAGUGGGUUGAUGAACCCUCGUGACCUGCGGAGGUGAGAGCUGUGAUGAGGAUAAGCUUUCUUUGUUGUUUUGAAAUGGGGGGGGUCGGGCAGUCCUCCGCACUUCCUCUUAAUGACACAGAAAGAAGUGAAGGGCAGGUGAAGCAAGAAAAAACUAAAGGCUCUCGGUGGGAUUCGAUCCCACGAUGGGUAAAUGUGGAUCCCGAGGGAGGGGUCCCAAACCACUACCGCAUUUCUAAGCACUGUGAAUUAGCAUUCUUUACCUGCGCCUUUCAUCUUCCCCCCUCGUUCCGGCUCAGGAUUGAGGACGAGCAGCGCGGAGACAGACUGACUUGACGUACUAACGUGUCCAUGUGCUUUGCAGCAAAGCUCUGUAAUCUCUGUCGCCUGCCUCUGUGCUGUAUCCCAGGUACAUGAUGCAGGCAGAGCAGGCAGAUUUUAAUAUGUUUGUGUUCCGAGUUUAUCUGGUGAAAGCAUAAUAAAUGAAUGUCACUUAA